GCGCGCGCUUUGGUUGUCUUUUCCUCACAUUUCUAGCCCUACAGCAAAUGGUUUCUUCCCACGAGGCAGGGCGCUCGUUUUUCCCCGCCCACUCUCGGCCUUUCAGGUAGUUCGCUCCACCCGGUGACGCCAGUGGGGUGGUUUCCUGCUCCUCCCCCAACGGGUGGUGGAUGGUCUCGCCUCCCCCAACCCCAGAUGCCGGGGUGGGCUAGCUGCCCCGGCCCAGGCCCGAGAGUGGGACGCGCCCGGGCAGGACGUACCGGACGAGCUCACUGCGCGGCCGCCGUGGGGGAAGCAAAGGUUCCUGAUCCACCACCCCUCCUAAGUGAAGACUUCCGCCCCUAGAGAGGAGGCGGCGCCCGGGACCGGCCAUCGUCCACAGCUGGAUUGCUGGCGUCCGGAAGGAGCUGCGGCGCCAAGAUGAGCGGAGAAGACAACCCAGCCAGCAAGCCCACGCCAGUGCAGGACGUGCAGGGCGACGGGCGCUGGAUGUCCUUGCACCAUCGGUUCGUGGCGGACAGCAAAGAUAAGGAACCCGAAGUCGUCUUCAUUGGGGACUCUUUGGUUCAGCUAAUGCAUCAGUGCGAGAUAUGGCGGGAGCUCUUCUCUCCUCUGCAUGCACUUAACUUUGGCAUUGGCGGUGAUGGCACACAGCAUGUGCUGUGGCGGCUGGAGAAUGGGGAGCUGGAACACAUCCGGCCCAAGAUUGUGGUGGUCUGGGUGGGUACCAACAACCACGGGCACACAGCGGAACAGGUGGCUGGCGGCAUCCAGGCCAUCGUGCAACUGGUGAACGAGCGGCAGCCCCAGGCCCGGGUCGUGGUGCUGGGUCUACUUCCAAGGGGCCAGCAUCCUAACCCACUUCGUGAGAAAAACCGACGGGUGAACGAGCUAGUACGGGAGGCGUUGGCUGGCCAUCCACGGGCCCACUUCCUGGAUGCCGACCCUGGCUUUGUGCACUCAGAUGGCACCGUAAGCCACCAUGACAUGUAUGAUUACCUGCACCUGAGCCGCCUGGGCUACACACCAGUCUGCCGGGCCCUGCACUCCCUGCUUCUGCGCCUACUAGCCCAAGACCAGGGUCAGGGUGUCCCCCUGCCAGAGCCCACACCCUAAGCAUCUGCCUUCCUGCAACAUUAAAUUCUCAUUCUUCAG